AUGAGUUUUGAGCCAGAGACGAAGAAGCAGAAACUUUCUGCGCAUUGUUCGAUAAAGAAUUUUAAUCUGGAAGAUCGUUUAAAUGGCAUUUUAUGCUGUGCCGUUUGUCUUGACUUGCCCAGGACAUGUUUUCAGUGUAUAAAUGGUCACUUGAUGUGUUCUGGAUGUUUCAAUCAUCUUCUUGCUGAUGCGAGACUUAAAGAUGAAACACCAACUUGCCCAAACUGCCGAUGUGAAAUCAGUAAGAAUUCGUGCACUCGAAACCUGGCUGUAGAGAAUGCAGCAUCUGAGCUUCCCUUAGAGUGUAAAUUCUGCAACCAGAGUCUGCCUAGAAAUAAAUUGGAAUACCACGAAAAAGAACUCUGUCAAGAACGGCCAUCAAUAUGUAAAUAUUCAAGAAUUGGCUGUCCCUGGCGUGGACCUUACCAUGAAAUAUGGGAACAUGAAUCUUCAUGUAUUCACCCAGAGAAAACAGGGGCUGAAAUAAUGGAUGCCAUGAAAACUGUUGAUGCCAAACAGACAGAAGAGAAGAAAUCGUUUGGAUCAAUAUUCAAUCUACUUUCAUUGGAAAAGAUCACUUUCAAUGAUUUACAACUAAAACCAUACCGUACUGAUGAUUUUAUAGCCAAAUUAUUUUAUGAAACCAGUCGUUUCUCAGCUUUCAAUCAUCAAUGGGUAAUCAAAGCUCGAGCAAACCAAGACCAGAAAUAUCCUACCCAGACCUGUUCACGAUCAGUUACGUAUCAACUUAUACUGAAAUCUAAGAUUACAACUCCUAUUCGACUACAUUACCUUGUAUUAAAAGGACCACAUAGUGAAGCUAAAGUCAAACCAACCAUUUAUGAACAUGAAUUUUCGGCAGACAGUACUGAAUCUGAAAAUCGUGAAUUUCCAUUACUUGAUGCUAAUGAAUGUAAUAAGGUGUUAGCAGGGAAGACCAUCAAUUUCAGGGUCAUUUUAUUUCAAGUAACUCAAUAA